AUGGCUGACACUGUGUUACAAGCUUCUGAGGUCGAACUUCUGCGCCAGGCUGCCGAUCACGCUCGCCAAGAGGAAGAGGCGCGCCGCGCCUAUGCUGUAGCGCAGGCCCAGGUUGCGACCGCCACCAUCCAUGUGCAGACUGUCGGUGUCCUCAACAUCAAGGUACUUGUUCCUGUCGUCCUUGACAUUGUGUCUUUGAACUACAGCAAGUGGCGCGACCUCUUCCUCACAACGCUCGGCCGAUACGAUCUCUUCGAUUACGUCCUCCCCAACGUUGAGGUUGAUGCUAACGAUGUCCACUGGCAUCGGAUGGACUGCACCGUGCGGUCAAGGCUCUACGGCACCAUCUCCACUGAGCUGCUCAAGGUCGUCAUGACACCCACCUCCACCACCCGUAGCAUCUCGACGGCUCUUGAAGAUCAGUUCAUCGGCAACAAGGAGACGCAUGCUCUCCACCUCGAUGCUCAAUUUUGCACAUUCGUCCAAGGUGAUCUAUUAAUUUUAGAUUAUUGCCGCAAGCUUAAAGGAAUGGCAGAUGCACUAGGUGAUCUUAGCGAGCCGGUUCAAGACCGUAUGCUCAUUAUGUCUGUUCUCUGUGGCCUCAAUGAAAAGUUUGCCUAUAUGGCCGCUCUCCUCAAGCGCCAAAAGCCAUUUCCAUCCUUCAUCGACGUUCGCUCUGACCUACUACUCGAGGAACUCACCAUGGCGUCUAAGCUAGGUUCUUCGUCAACCGUCCUCAUCGCCACCGCUCCUUCUGCCCCAUGCGCCCCCGCCACUAGCAGUAGCGGUGCCAUGCAGGGAUCCGGGGCUGGCCAUGGUGGUCCGACACCCCCUCCUGGCAACAGCAAUCAAGUCUACUCCAACAACAGUGGUGCAUCCAACGGCAUUUCCGCUCCAUGCAUCAAUGGUCACAAUUGA